AUUUGUUCAAUCGAUUUAAGGUCUUUUUAUCUUUGAGCUGUCUGUAAGUAAUCUUUAUAAAAAUAAAUUGUGUCUAUGAAAAUUCAGGAUAGCUAACAAGUAACCUUGGUUUAUAUUAACAGGAUCCCACCUAUAAGGAUCAGAUUUUUUCAAAACAAACUUGGCAAGCUGGCUUGAUGGGUUGGAUUUUAAACAAAAUCAUCAAACAAUGAUUUUUAUGACGAUAAGCAUAAAUGUGAGAAAUUACUAUGUGAUAUAAAAACAUUCUCUAUCUGAAAAAAGCAGACGCAUAAAGCCAUGCAUUUGGUGAAUUUCAUCUCACACCUAAGUAAUACAGCAUCCUGACAGCCCUUUCAAGACUCAAGCUUCUCUAAAUAAUAUACUUGAUAAAGAUUUUUUGUGUAAUAGGAGGCUAAGAAAGCUUUGCAGAAACUGAUUUUUUAAUUUUGUGGGAAAAUCAUUUUUUUUUUCUUUUAGAAGGACAUUACAUAGUAGUAAAAAAGUACACAAGCAAUUGCCACAAGAGGCAAAGUAAUUGUGUAAAAGACUUCCGAUAAAGUGAUGCAGGAAUGUAAUAUUUAUAACCCUCCAGAAAUUGAAAAAAUUCUUGAUACAACAUUGACAAAGAAUAAUGAAAGAUAUUACAAAGUUAAGUGGGUAAAAAUAACAUGGGAAUUGGAAUCUGACUUGGCAUAUUUUGAAAAUAUUAUUGAACAGUUUUGGACAGAAUAUGCCCACAAAAGUCUUCUUGUACACCCACCAACCACAGAUCCAAAUGACUGUAAUGGAUUUGAGGAUGGUGUGCAUGAAUUUUUCGACAAUGUGGAUAAUGAUAAAGAAUUACAUGAUGAAACAACAUUCAAUGAUGAUGUAUCAAGCAGCUCAACAACUUCGCCUCAAAAUCACGUUCCAACAACAAAGAUGAAGGAACACAGUGUUAACCAACAUCCAAAUGCAAACGACAUUCAAAGUGAUACCAAUCCCAACUUGGACUCUGCUGUAAAUAUGGAAGAACUUUAUGGAGUAAGCCAAUGUCUGAUAAAAAACAAAAAACAAAGAACAAAAACAAACUAUAACAUAGCAUCUCUUAUUAGUAAAGAAGACACCAAAGCUCCUGUUAAAAAAUUACUGUAUAAAUGUACUAUUUGUGAUGCUAAUUUUAAAAGUAUGAAAGCCCAAAGAAAACAUGUUGAUAGUCAUUCCAAAAGAACUUGUAAUGUGUGCAAUAAGCAAUUUCAACGAUUAGGACAUCUUAAAGUGCAUUAUUUAAUUCACAGCAAUACACGCCCUUGGUCAUGCAAUGAAUGUGAUAAAUCUUUCACAGAGAAAUCAUCUCUAACAAAACACAAAUUAAUUCAUUCAGGUUUACGACAAUUUAAAUGUGAUGUCUGCUCAAAAUCAUUUCAAAGAAGUGGUCAUCUACAACGACAUGUUGAAGCGGUGCAUAAAAAUAUUCGGCAUUUCUCAUGCAAUGUUUGUCACAAGCAAUUUCAUCAAAAAUCAACCUUUACAAUUCAUAUGAAUGUACACACUGGUCAAAAACCAUUUGUGUGCAAGGUUUGUAAUCGUGCUUUUGCUGACAAAUCUGCUUUAUUCAGACACACGUCAAUCCAUACUGGAAGAAAACCACAUAAUUGCCAUUGCUGUGAGAAAACGUUUUCUCGGUUAAGUAGUCUUCAGUCACAUCUGAAAAGAAAACAUGAAACUGAUGAGAAAGAAAAAGUAGUGUCUCUAAAACAUGCAUGGAACAUAAAGAAGGAUUCAGAUUGCAACAUAAAGAAGGAUGCAGUAAAUAAUAGAUUGCCAUUAGAGACUGAUUUUUAUGUUUUUUCCUCUCAAAAAAAGAAUGAAAAACAAAUAACCUUUCCUUAAGUAACACAACUUGUUAGUGAAUCCUUGCUAUUGUGUAAAAGCCAAACACUUGAAAAAAGUUUUAAAAAUGGUAAAUAGUUUAUAUACUAUUCCAUUUAAAUCCCAAACUGGGGUAUUGGCGAAAUUAAUUAAUUAGAAUUAAUGAAAACUUUGACAACAAAGUUUUACCGUUGUUUAGUAAAGAUUUGAUGGCAAAAAGUAAAGUUUCUAAUGAUGUUAAAAAACACUAUGGCAAGAUACCAAAAGUAUUCAGUUGAGAAAAAUUUGCUUCAGUGAAACUUAGGAUGCUUUGUAAGGAAUUUUAUUUUUUCUUGUGGUGUUGUUAUGCACAUGGCUUAUUUUUAUGUAGCAACAGCCUGCUGAAUUGUCAAAAACCACAAAAGCUCUAAUUUAUGCUUAUUUAUAUAUUUAUAAUUUUUAACUUCCCUAUCCACUGAGUUAUUCGUUUUUAAAAAUUAGCUAGCAAUAGAUUAAUAAGUUGGGGAGAGUUAGUGCUUAUAUUGUUCUGCUGUCUAAAAACUUUUCUGUUGUCAAAGUCAACUUUGACCGCAUUCAUAACAACAAUAGCUGAAUGCUGUCAUGGCUCAGAGGACUGUAUCAAGGUACAGUUUUUUUAGAAUACUAAUGUGUAAUUGGUGCUUUAAAUCGAUUGAAAGUUAUUAGCUUGGUCGAU